GUAUGGGGGCUGCAUUGACACUCAAACAGAGGGGGACAUACAGUCUCGACAGGCUCUGAUCAGUUUGUGCGAGAUAGAUAGAUCGAUAGAUAGAUAGAUAGAUAGAUAGAGAGAGAGAGAGAGAAGAGAGAGAGAGAGAGAGAGAGAGAAGUAGAGAAGAGAUGGCGCCAGGGCAAUCGCCAUCCGCUGCGUUAGACGCGUUAAUUGUGUCACUACAUGAGGUGGAGGCGGUUAAAUUCGGGUCAUUCAAGUUGAAAAGUGGGAUAAUUUCUCCCAUCUACGUGGACUUACGUGUCAUUGUCUCUCAUCCGAGCCUGUUGCGUGACGUGGCUCGUGCCAUGCUGUCGGCCUUCCCGCGCGAUUUGGACCCGAUCGUCGCCUUCGAUGUUCUCUGCGGCGUGCCCUACACGGCCCUCCCCAUCGCGACCAUCAUGUCUCAGAUCUUGGCCAUUCCCAUGGUCAUGCGGAGGAAGGAGGUAAAGGACUACGGCACCAAGAAGGCCAUCGAGGGUGCGUUCUCUCCGGGCGCCAGAUGUCUAGUGGUGGAGGACCUUGUGACGAGCGGAGCGUCCGUGCUGGAGACCGCAGAUGCGCUGUCGGCGGUGGAUCUCGUUCCCACCGACGUUGUUGUGCUAAUCGAUCGUGAGCAAGGAGGAGAAGAGCACCUGGCGGCGCGUGGGCUUAAACUGCACUCAGUUGUGGCUCUCUCUAAAAUGCUGGACGUCCUUGUCGCUCAUGGAAAACUCACCGCAGACUGCGCAGAGUCUGUCCGAGUAUUCGUUCGAGAUAACCAGACGAAUGCACCGCCAGGACCUCCUCCUCCUCCUCCUCCUCCUGCUCCUUCUCCAUUACCUUCUACCCUUCCGCCUGCGCCGACUGAGGCCGCCGUUGCCAACCAAAAGCGGCAAAGACGAAGCUAUGGAGAUCGAGCUGUAUGCGCACAGAACCCCACCGGCAAGAGGCUGUGGGAGCUCAUGGCGAGGAAGAAGACCAAUCUUUGUGUGGCCGCUGACGUCGCCAGCUGUGCAGAUUUGCUUACAUUGGCCGAGGCGAUCGGUCCGGAAAUCUGUGUGCUGAAAACUCAUGUCGACGCACUGGACGACUUCACACAUGACUUUGUUCUGAAGCUCAGAGAGAUUGCUGACAGGCACGACUUCUUGAUUUUCGAAGACCGGAAGUUUGCGGACAUUGGAAACACAGUCGUCAGUCAAUACGCAGGAGGGCUAUACAAGAUCGUCGAAUGGGCUGACAUAACGAAUGCGCAUGUUGUGCCAGGACCCGGCAUUGUUGCCGGGCUCAAGCUAAAGGGCCUUGAGCUGGGGCGUGGCCUUUUACUGUUGGCGGAAAUGAGCUCAGAAGGCACCCUUGCUGCAGGGGAUUAUACCUUAGCUGCAGCAAGAAUUGCAGCAAAGCAUCCGGAUUUCGUCAUUGGUUUCAUCUCGACGAAUCCGGCAGGUUGGGUGUGCACGGCAGCCACAAGCGAUGCUUUUGUUCAAAUGACACCUGGAGUCCAGCUGGCGGCUGGCGGUGAUUCCCUUGGCCAGCGAUACAAUACUCCGUCGUCGGUGAUUUGUGAACGAGGGAGUGAUGUGAUCAUUGUCGGGCGAGGAAUCAUCAAGGCUGCGGAUCCAGCGGCGGCUGCGCGAGAGUAUAGAGCUGAAGGUUGGAAUGCCUAUGAGAGAAGUCUGGCAGGAGGGAGGUAGCGGCGCUGCACUCGUACAUAACCUUGCCGAUGCAAAAGGUAGAAACAAUCCGCCCCACGUAAAAGACCGUGUGAGGGUACAGGACACAGGUCGCUGUGACAUUUCACUUCGUGUUUGCUUUCUAUCUUUGUCUGUUUUUUCUUGCCAGUGAAACUGUUACGAACCGGUUCGCGGAAAAACCACCACCGUGGUCGGUGCUGCUUCAAGGAUGACUGUUUUGCUUCUUGGGAUUGCCCCACUUUGCCAGGGGCCUUUUCUUGACCAAAUCAUCGUAUAUAUAUAUAUAUAUCUAUUUGACGAUAUAUAUUCUAUUUGUGACGAUAUAUGUAUAUAUAUAGCCGUGGCGGGCGAGUGCCAUAGGAUUAGUGCUGAUGACAGUGAAUUCAAAACAAUGGGGAGUAGAUUAGGCAGCGAGUGCCUUCGACCAUGGCUGGUAAUGUGAGUGUUGAUGAGAGUCAGAGGUGCUUGUUACUCUGAUCAUCUGCGGCAGGACAACUGUCAGAGGGAGGAUAUGGUUAUGAUACUGAGUCUCGUUCGGACCGGAGAUGGAAGAGACGUGUUGGUCUUGAGACUGUGAAGGAAGGUGAAACUUGAGCGGUGCGUGUUGAUGGCAGCGGCAGCCUUGUGUGCGGUUUCAAACUGCUCUGGAAACUGUAGCUGCGAGCUAACUGCGUAGUCAGCUGUCUGAGUUUAUGUCUGGGUUACAGGACGGUAGCGGACAGAUCAUCGAAAGGGAGGGGGGGCGGCGCAGAGGUGUCAUUGCCAGGCGUGGGACCUACAGGAUUGAUGAAUAGGAAACGGUGCGGGACUACUAAUCUUAUUUAGGUUUGUCGUUCGCUUAUAGCUAGAGGUACGAUUGCGGGGUACUUACCAACUGGUGAUCAAAAGCGGAUGGGUGACGAGGUCCGACAGUUGCAAAACCCCAUCGCGUCGGGGAGAAUUCUGCAAUUACCAUGGCAUUCAGGGAGGACAUAGGCCUGUUUUUUUGGAAAGGGCUUGUAAUUCCCUCGAGGAUGGUGCCGAGCGUUAACGAAACGAAGGAAGAAAGGAAAAGAUGAAGCGGCCAUGAGUUUGCUUUCUUUAUCCUUGUAGUACAGUCUUCGUCUGAACGGAACGUACGGUCAUAAGAUGGCUGUAUUCUGCACAAUUUCCUGUCUAGAUACAGUACUAUAAUGACCGUAUGUUGUACUUGGAGGACGAUGGUAGGCUUGUAUUGGAUUGCGUUCCCUCAUUCUUCAAGCGACUGGUUUCUUGAUUUCAAAUCUGUACUGAACAAUAGGUUUCAUGGUACCAGUAGUAGCUUUCUAUUCCCUUGAUUUCAAAUCUGAACUGAACAAUAGCUGUCUUGGGAUCAGUAAUAGCUUCCGUGGGACUGGUAAUAGCUUUCUAAGGUCAGAAGGAAGCUAUUGUUCAAGUCAGAUUUAAACCACCAGUACAUCCAGCUAUCGGUCGCGGGGUCUUUUUGGAGGCCACCCGCCGCCGAUUCAAUUUACCUACGGCACUGGGCUUUCGAAAUUAUCGUAGGCGAUGAGUUUUCUUUUCAGCAAGGCUGGGGCCAUGUACUGGCGGUUUAGGAGCUUUCAAGUUUCAAGGAAAGAAUAGCUUUCUUGCGCCCAUCUCACGUGGACGGAACAAAUGACCCAUUCCAGG